AAAAUAUUCCGUAAACAUUACUAAAAAAAUCCAAAAACAAUGCCUGUUUUAAGUCAACAAUUGGACAACACUGGAUAUGCCUGGCUGCAUCGCUGUCGGCUGGCUGCGUGUGUGUUGCACGUUGACGACGCUCAUUCGCUGCCUCCUGUCACGUGACUGGGCCAGCUCUAUGCUGUGCCAGGUACAGGGGUGUCCCAGCACAUAGUAAGUUAAGUAAGUCAUCAAAAACAUCUGAAAGUGAUGCUUGCACCCCCCACACGCCGUUUUUUGGUUUAUAUCGAUACUUUUUUCAGAAAAGUGAUGCCAAAUGAGUAGCGUGUGAGUAUCGAUAUAUCGAUACCACAGGAUCGAUACGCACAUCCCUAGUGUAAAUAGGAUUAUAUUUUCCCUGGGAGUAAUCUAUGAGAGACACUGAGAUCCAUAAGUCUCCUGGGAAAAUCGGGGUGUCAGCAAGUAUGUAGCUGAGCCGCAUCAGAGUGGUCAAAGAGCCGCAUGCGGCUCCGGAGCCGCGGGUUGCCGACCCCUGUGCUAGUGUGUGCUCCAUAAAACCCUGAGAUUUGGACUUUGGUACAUUCCUUGCAUGAUCACAUUAAGCGGCGCUCAGAAAGGGGGCGGAAGGGAGCGGAGGGAGGAGUUAGAUGCAGAAGCAAACACAUGUUGUCCACAUCGCAGUUCGGACACUUUUGCUUCCAGCGUGGGAGAACACACGGACUUCUGACAACCCUCAUACUGUAUGCAGAAAGAUAAUGAAAGCGGGAACAGCAUCACUGCAUGGUAACCACCCAUCUCAUUAGCCUUUCACAAAGGAAGAAAAGCUAGGGAUGUGGUGGAUCCUUGGUUACUGCACCGGUGGAGUGGCCCUUCUCUAUGCGCUGUACAGAUGGGUGAUCCCCAGUCUUGUGCAAUAUCACGGAGGCCUGGCGCUCAUUUGGCACGAUGUGAUCGUGGAACGGAUACUGGACACGCUGACCCGGUCCACACGUCCUCAGCGGCUUCUUGCUGCAGUACAGAAGAACGCUACCAGAGGGAACCCUCUCAGCGUGGUCAAAGCCAUUGAUGAGUUUUGCAGUCACAGUGAGUGGGCCAUGAACGUGGGGGAUGAGAAAGGCUGCAUUGUGGACUCGGUGGUGUCUGAUAUAAACCCGGUUAACGUGCUGGAGCUGGGCACGUACUGCGGGUACUCCACGGUGAGGAUCGCCAGCAUGCUGCGGCCUCACGCCAAGAUCGUCACGCUUGAAUUCAACCCGGAUUAUGCCGCCGUCGCUCGGCAAAUAUUUGCCUGGGCAGGUGUGGAGGACACGGUGCAAUUAGUCGAAGGAGAUUCUGGCGAGUGGAUCCCUAAACUUAAGGAGAAGUUUGGAGUGGAAACCUUUGACUUAGUUUUCUUGGAUCACUGGAAGGAUCGUUACCUUCUCGACACCAAACUGAUAGAGGAGUGUGGUCUCCUGAGGAGAGGGAGCGUCCUGCUAGCAGACAAUGUCAUCUGUCCUGGUGCUCCAGACUACCUGCAGUACGUAAGAAGUAGUCCUAAGUAUGAAAGCCGGUACUUCCGAUCUCACUUGGAGUAUACCAAAGCAGAAGACGGCCUGGAAAAGUCGGUCUUCUUAGGGUAGUUUUUGGGUCAUUUUAAUGUGCAUUACACAAUUACUACUUUAACUACAGUGUAGACCAGGGGUGUCCAAACUUUUUAGGCUUGGGGCCACAUUGGGCUAAAACAUUUUGGUCGUUGGCUGAAAGCAGACAGCAUGUAAAGUACCGAUAUAUAUACACACAUAGCCACACACACAUACAUAUACACCAGGGGUGUCGAACGUAUGGCCCAAGGGCCGGAUCAGGCCCGCGAACAGGUUUUUUCCGGCCUGCGGAAUGAGUUUGCUAAGUAUAAAAAUUAACCUGAAAUGUUUGAAUGAAAGAAACAGCUGUUCUAAAUGUGUCCACUAGAUGUCGCAAUAGCAAUUCUUUGUAUCUUUGUAGAGGAUGCUACAUAUGUACAAAAGAAACCACAUGAUGUUAGUACAUCAGUCGAGGAAAAUGAUCAAACUACAUAAAUAACAUCCUGUAAUUUGAUUUUGAUAUAAUUUUUUUUAUCUUAAAAGACACCAAUCAGUUGACUGAUGAACAUUAUCACAUAAUUUAUUCAGAAAAUAUAAAUAACGACAAAUAAAUGAUUAACCGCAACAGGUAAGUGUUAAAAAACCCCACCUAACAACAUUAUGAUGUGUACAUUUGUGCUUGUUCUAUUUUUAAACAAAGAAAACAAUCCGAAGUUGUCUUUAUUUUUAAGUUGUCAUGCCUUGAUUUUACCAGUCCGGCCCACUUGGGAGUAGAUUUUUCUCCAUGUGGCCCUCAAUCUAAAAUUAGUUUGACACCCCUGAUAUACACACACAUGUAUACAGUGUGUAUAUAUAUAUAUAUA